AUGUGUCGCGGUAAAGAAAAAACAUCAUCAGAAUCAUCAUCACAUUUAUCGGAAACAAAUUGUGCCAAGUUCCAAUUUCCAAUUUCUCAACACGAAACUCACGAAUUACAUAUCCCAAUUCCAACCGUUAAAGAAACACUUGACUUACUAGGCAACGAAUAUCCAUUGGAAAAAGAGUUGAAGCCGUUUUUUUUGUUUUGUUCAAUGAUUGAAAAAUCGAUUAAAGAAGAUAAGGAAAUCACUGAUAAAAAAUGGGCUUUGAAUAAUGUUUAUAAGGUUGGCAAAGAAAUUUGGGAUGGAUUGGAUAGAGAAUACACGGAUGAAUAUGAAAGAUUAUUGUCGAAUGAUGAAGUAAUAAACAAACAUGACAAACUUAAACCAAUCGACAAAUCAGAAUAA